AUGUCCACCACUUCGUCGUGUUCCUCAUUGUCACGACACUCCACCAGUUCUUCCACGUACUCCAUUCCUUCACUAAGUGAUUCGUCCUUGAGCGAACACCGAUCGUCGUUGAGUCGUCGAUCUGUUCAACUCAACGAUUAUUACCACCGGGAACCCCAGGAUACGAUACACCGUUCGGGAUCCAGCGGCCUGAAACGACGAGUACAAUCAAACUUUGAGUACGUGGAUCCAGAAGCGUACAUGUCGUCCGCAGUCGCAUGCACGAGUGGUAAGCAAACCCUUCAUUUUGUGGUGGCAACCCUGGCAACGGAUUCAAAAAGGGAUUCACUAGACUUGUUAUUUGGCAUUGAUCAUAAUACUGAGGAACGUACAAUUUCAUGGACCGUUGACGGUCAAAGCGCCUUGGUUACCUUGGCUCAACUUCCGGACGCAACCAAGGAAAAUUUGCAUAAAAAUGAAAAUCACCUAGACAGUUUAGUGCAACGCGGAGGCAUCACCACUUUUUUAUUGUUGCUACCUUCCAUGGACGAUUUCGAACCGUUAUUGGAUCACGUCACGGAACUCCUGGGCGAAUUUGAUACGGGUUUCUCUUGCUGGCCACGGUUCAUCUUGGCGAUCAAUGACGUGAAAUUUAGUUCUCAGCAGGUGAAAAAGGAACGCGAGGCCAUCAUGCGAUAUCAGGUACCUGAACUCUGUCAUCGCUUCCAAUGUCCUGUUACACCGUCCGUACUAUUUGCAAGCACCAAGCUGUAUAAAUGGCUUCGACGAUACAAGACCACUCAAGCACAGCAGUAUCGAAACCAUUGUCGGCGUUUGCUGUGGCGGAUAAUGGAUCAUCAUCAACGUGCCAAUCAGUGGCGGGGGAACCGUAACCAACCCGAUGUGGAAGACGAACCGGACAAUUUGGACAUUUUAGCGGGUAUCGUGGGCUAA